UACGCAUUAUACUUGCUUGUCGAAAUGCCUUCCCAAAAGUCUUUCAUCACCAAGGUUAAGCUUGGCAAGGCCAAGAAGCAAAAUCGUCCUUUGCCUCACUGGUUCCGUCUUAAGUCUGAUACCAAGAUUCGUUGGAACUCCAAGAGACGUAACUGGCGUCACACCAAGUUGAACAUCUAAACUCAUCACCUUGUUAUGCAUUCUUAUGUUCAGCUUUUCAACACAUUGUCGAACACUCACGUUUUCUACAGUAAAUUGCUUUGAUUUCUUCAAUUGCAUUUAAUUUAUUAAUCGGUUGGAGGAAGUAAUAAAGAAUACAAGAGUUUCUUGUUUAUUUCGUCAAGCAAAAAGCCAACAAUAGCAACGUUUAAAUUUUUGUCUACGAUGGUAUACCUUUGAUUUUUUUUUUGAACAUUUAAAUCUGUACAAGACGUCGGCAAAC